AUGUCAUUCAAGAAACUAUUUAGUUCAUCCUCAUCAAAUUCAUUAAAUGACGAUAAUGCAAUUAAAUCAACUUCUUCACAUCGUUCUUUUUUGAAACAAAAAAAUUCAUCGUCUUCAAUUUCUCCAAGAUCAAGCACUCCUCCAAACAGAAGCAAUAGUCAUGUAAAAGUGAAUAGUGUCAGCAAUGGUAUGAAUAACCAUAGUACACCUAUGAAUAUAAGUCAGAGCACCAAUAGCAUUUCAAGUCAUAAGGAACAUCAUACAUUACGUCGAUUCCUCAAAAAAUUCAAGCCACGUGACUCGUCAUCUUCACCACAUAGUCAUAAUAACAGUCAUAAUAAUCAUAAGAGCCAUGAUAGACAAGUAGAUAUGAAUAUAUUUGCCAAAUAUGGACUUCCUGGAAAGUUAUUAGGAACAGGUGCUAGUGGGUCAGUUAAUUUAUUAACUUCUAAAACUGAUCCUAGUAAAAUUUAUGCCGUGAAAAAAUUUCGAGCAAGAUUACCUAAUGAACAAGAAUCUGAUUAUAAAGUUAAAGUUUAUAAUGAAUAUCAAAUUGCCGAACUAUUGAAUCAUGAAAAUUUAAUUAAAACCUAUGAAUUGAUUAAAGAUUAUAAAAAUAAUUCCCCAACUGUUGAUUAUUACAUUGUCAUGGAAUAUUGUAAAUUUGAUUUCUUUAAUCUAGUAAUGAGUGGAUUAAUGGAACCUAAUGAAAUUUAUUGUUAUUUCAAACAAAUGAUUAAUGGGGUUCAUUUCUUGCAUAGCCAUGGGUUGGCCCAUCGAGAUUUAAAAUUGGAUAAUUGUGUGGUUAAUUCAUUUGGAAUUUUAAAAAUUAUAGAUUUUGGAAGUGCAGUACAUUUUAAGAAAGAAAUCCCUAAAGGAUAUUUUAUAAAUGAAAGUGAUAUAAUGUUAACACCAACUAUGAAAUUAAUUCCUGCCAGAGGUGUGGUUGGACUGGAUCCAUAUUUAUCACCGGAAGUUUUUGAUCCCCAAGGGUAUGAUCCAAGAGGUGCAGAUGUUUGGUCAAUUGCAAUCAUCUACUGUUGCAUGGUUCUUAAAAGAUUUCCUUGGAAAUUACCUAAAAUGUCUGAUCCGUCAUAUAAAUCAUUUGCUGGUCCUCAACAACAACAAUUCAACUCAAACAAUGUUGAAGAUGAUUUGAAUGAUUUAUCACUAGAUAGACAUUCACACCAUCCACCAAUUGGUCCUGAUAGAUUAUUAAGAUUAUUACCAGCUGAGUCAAGAAAUCUAAUCAAGAAUAUGUUGAUUUUGGAUCCAAAGAAAAGAUAUCUUAUGCAAGAUGUUGUUGAAGAUCCAUUUGUUCAAAGUAUACAACUAUGUACUGGUGAACAGUGUGCUGAAAAUCAUACUCAUCAUUUGGUAAGUGAAGAGGAGUUAUCUAAAAUAACUCAAGAAAGAGAAAGACUUAAACGUUUAAAAGAUGCCGGUAUGGCUUAG